AUGGAUAUAUUGGCAAAACAAUAUUUUCUUGAAGAAAUUUUAUGUACUCAUUCUCGUCUAAUGAAUCAUUUUUGUGUCUGGGAAGGUGGAGAAGGAAGAGAUAAGAAACCAUCACCGUAUUUGGUGGAUUGUGUUCCCUACUCUACCUUGUUUCCAUUUUUCUCUAUUUUUUCUAAUUCUAAUUCUAAAUCUAAGGAGGUACCUCGACCUUUUAAUCAAGAGGUUGAGGACGAGGAGAGGCAAAAAAUACUCUGUAGAGCAAGGUCGGUUAGAUAG